AUGGUUUUGUGUUGUUCACAGAAAACAGUAGUAGCUGUAUUAGACCAGAUGAUGAAUCCUCAUUGGCCAUAUCUUCCAAAACGCCAAGAAAACUAUGAAACUGAAAUGGAGAGGGAGGCAAUUGAAGGAGUUUGGAAUACAGUUUCAGAUGAUCCAUUAAACUAUCAUUUUUACUAUCAUAUUUUGGAUGGAGAUGAGGGAGGACGACCCCCACAGAUUAUGACUUCAGAUGGACACCAGCAGAUGGAAAACAAGUAUUUCAACUGGGAAGACAAGUCUUGUUUACAUGCCAUAGCAAAGAGCAACAACAAAGUAAGUUUAAACUAGAAAAAAAUUUCUGGUAAAUGCUAAGCAAUUGUAGCUGAAGUUAAAAGUGUAAUAUGUCACUUAAGAUAUUUAGAAAAAGUAGAAACAUUCAGAUUUAUCUGUUGUUACAUAAAGCUGCAGGAGUUUGAUUGUUAGAUCGCUCUUGACUCAUGCUUUGGACAGAAAUCAGUUCUUGAUUUUCAUCAUGUUAGGAAGCUUUGCAGCAUCCUGUGGUUAGAAUGUUGAUUGAAACAAAAUGGAAAAGUUAUGGACACUUGUUUCUCAGGUAAAUGAGUUGUGUUUGCAGGUUCCAAUAUUGCAAAUUUUAGAAAUAAGGGUAUCAUAUUUAUUUAAUUAUAUAGAUGUUGAAUUUAAUAUUGAUGUAACUCUAAGUAUGGGUGAUAAAGACAGAAUUUACUGAGGUUUUUUUUGCCACUUAACACACAUUAUUCACUAGUGAAAGCACUUCUAUGCAAUAUGAUUCAGUCUUAUGGCAAUUUCUUUUGGGACAGUGUUAAUACAUGCAUACUGUCCAAAUUUAAGCCUUUGAUUUUUCAAAGGUUUAUUGCAAACAUAUUAGACAGGUUACCAAGAACUUAAUGUUUUAUAUCUUCAUUUGAAUUUCUAAUCCUGUGCCCUUUCUUCAUUUUGCUUCUGCAAAGAGUUAUCAUAAUUUCUUUUUCUUUUCUGUAGCCUCCAAGCAGCAUCGUUUUGCAUCUUCCUACUGUCCAUGUCAUAUUCUCUGCUGCAUGCCUCUACCAAACUGGACCCCACCCGUUACAACGGUGCGCUGGACUCAGUGCGUGGACUUUGUGAGGUUGUCACUCUACUCAUGGUUGUGUUUUACAUCUGUGAGGAAAUAAAUCAGAUAAGAAUGUAAGUAAUUAUGGGGAUCAAGGGUUACUGUGGAAAUUUCAUCAAGACCUUCCAUUUGACUCCAUAUCGCAAUUAAUGACCUCAAAUUUGAAGAGGAGCAUAGUUGUGAAAUUGUUUGAUUUCUUGCAGAGAGGGGCGCUCUUAUUUCACAGAGUGGAUGACCUUGUUUGACUGGUUAGGCCUGCUGUUGAUAUUGUGUAUAGUACCGUUACGAUACAUGGAUCAUAAAGCACAGUGGAUGGUGACAUCUCUGGCCUUCUUGUUCAACUUCCUGAGGAUAUUUAAAUUUUCAUGUGUAUCAAGGUAACACAGAACUCCCAAUUGAUUACUGUAGAGCAAAAAGAUGACUUAAAGCUCCUCCCUUCGUUAGUUUAACCUAAACUUACGUUUUUCAUAGGACUACGGGAUUAUACACGCAAACCUUGGCAAAGAUCAUUUUACACGACGUCACAAGAUCCAUGGCAGUUUUUAUUGUGAUCUUUUUCUCCUUCUGUGGUGCCUUGACUUUAUCACUUUGUUACUCCGGAUCCAGUGAGAACCAAGAACUUCGGUGCGUCUCUGUUGAGUAUAUCUCCUUAACCUUCCUUGUUUUGGAAAAAACUAAUUCAGGGUAUCGUUUGCUACAAGUCAGUAAAAUAUGAAAUAAUUGCUACUGGAAUUUGUUUAAUUUGAUCUGCUCUUUACUAGCUAGAUUUUUUGUUUACUCAAACUAUUCUCAUCCUUUCUGGCAAAAGUAAGUUAUUGAUCGCGGGAAUUUGGAUGUUGAAUAUAGCGCGUGAGAAGUGCAAAGAAACCCAACAUACUAAUUUUAAUUUUUGGUUUUGCCUUUAGUGGUUUUGGAGACGUCUUGAUGAGCGGGUUUCGAGCGCUAUCCGAGCAGUAUCCAAUGGCGCAAAAUUACUCACCUUUCAAGUACGUAACACUAAUAUUUAAGUUAUUGCUGUUCUUCUCUCUGCGCGUAAAGAUUGUUAGGAUUGGAGUUUUAAAAGUCAGCUUAGGGAAGCUAACGUCACAUGUCAGAUAUUUAAUAGGGGAUCGGUUCUGUUUAGUAAGUCACUUAUUUUCCUCCGGUGGAUAAGCUAAGCUUUGUGAAUAUUUCUUUCCCGCAGCUGGCUGUCAGUUCUUCUAAUGAUGGCGUAUAUGGGAACAGUGACUGUGAUUCUGCUCAACAUUCUUGUUGCUCAGAUGAGUACGACCUACACACAGGCUAAGAAAGUCGCUCGUCUGGAAUAUGAUGUGGAUCGUAUUUUACAGCUCACGCGCAUGGAGAGAUUUCCUUUCCUGGUGAGUAUCACUUGGUAAUUAGGAUAGAGCCGUUAAGAUAUUGACGUUAGGUGUGAUAACGCAAAUGUACUGCCUGCCUCGUGCAAGUGUGAAUGAGGGAGUGGAAGGUGAAGGUCAUUGAUUUAUUAUGCAACAACCUUUCUCUCUGCAGAAUUUACGUGUGAAGUUUUACAAAGAGGGAGACUGGAUCAGUGAAAUGAAACUUGCAAAAGGUCGGUAAAGAAAUAAAUGAGACUAGUUAUUAAGACAUACCAUCAGUCACAGGAUUUUGUUGGCUGAAAGCUGGAAUGGCUAUUGGUCAGAAGGACAAAUUUGGCGGGGCUACGGAAAGGAGUAGUGUGGAAACGAAAAGAAGGGCUGCUCACUUUGCUAGCCUUUGUUUUAAUUGGCAAGAGCUCUGUAGCUGUCUGAGCGAACAGUUUCAAAUAAUAAUCAUUUUCCAUUUCAAUUCCUCGUUGGUGGGUUAGAGGAAGUCUCGUGAAGAGUACGUAAAAGCGAAACAUCUUGCUUUCCGAUGCUAUAAUGCGUAGAAAUUUCAUUGUGUUCUCAGAUGUGAUCUUGGUUUUGUUCACAGAGCUUCUGGAAUUCAGUGAAGAUCGCAGUCCUUGGGAGUCGGUUGAAGAGAAACUUAAUGAUAUCAGGUACGAAUAAUUCCUUCAAUUCCUACCUUUCCUGACCAUCAGCUUCUUCAUUAACCCAGCAAUCACACUUUGAGCGUUUUGUAUCAAGUGUUGUAAAACCAAAACUAAAUUAAUAAAGGGGGUACAUUGCUAAGAAACUGUGGAGCUGCGUCGGUGGGAGAGUAUAACAGGGUAUUUUUAGUAUUAUCAACUGAGUUGAUAACGUAAGUUAGCCACCGUAAAGAGUUUCAAAGCUGACGUUUCGAGCGUUAUCGCUUCGUCAGAACGAAACUAAAUUUGAUACAGCGACAUAUCGGAAGGCAAAUCCAAAAAAAAAAAAAAAAAAAUACAGGAAAAAAAAAUCAAUCAAACUGUCCGAAGCGUGGGAAAACAAUUGUGAUCAAGUCUAAAUCUGAUUGAUUGAGAGGAUGGGGCGAGUUUUCAAAACCAAUCAGAGAGCAAAGUGUAACAAAAUUGACGUGUUGGAUUUCCCACGGCUCGUUACUAAACUUUCUUACUCACCCCGCGCUUUCACAUUUUUGUGUAUCAGCGGUUUUCUUUAAUUUAUUGUGAGUUUCUUAUUUUAGGGAUCUGAUGAGAAAGAUGGUUAAACAGAUGAGGCCUGGACGCGAAUAA